CCUCCGGAAACGUUUUGCUGUGGCUCCCGUCGCUCCUCGCAGCCAAGAAGCCUCCGCCGGCUGCACAGCCCGUUCAGUUCUGAGGGAGCCCCAAGGCGAGGCAGGGCUCUGCAGCUUCUUUGGGAUCUUCAAAGCCCGGCCCUGUCCUUGCUGAAGGGAAAGAGCCACGGGCAGCUUCUCGUCUUCCCUCAGAGUUCGUACUCUUUGCUGUAUCCCAAGCAAAGGAAAAAAAAUUGCGAGAUUUGCAGCCCUGCCUGGAUAGCUGAUUUCGUUUUCCAAACGCUUUCAUUAACUUCUGGUUCUGGCAUAGAAAGUGCCUUCCGAAGAUCAAAUGUGAUAGGAAUGGAAACAGAAAAUAUAAGAAGCAAAAUUAUGGAGAAAGAAACUACUGAACAAAGAAAGGAACGAGAAAAAAAGAAAAGAUCUAGAGUUAAACAAGUGCUUUCAGAUAUAGCAAAGCAAGUUGACUUCUGGUUUGGUGAUGUUAAUCUUCACAAAGACAAAUUUCUUAGAGAACAAAUAGAAAAAUCUAGAGAUGGAUAUGUUGACAUAUCACUUCUGAUUUCUUUCAACAAAAUGAAAAAAUUAACCACUGACAGAAAAUUGAUAGCACGAGCAGUUAAAAGUUCAUCUGUUGUAGAAUUGGAUUUAGAAGGAAUCAGGAUCAGAAGGCGGCAACCUUUGGGUGAUGAACCAAAAGAUGUGGAUAGUCGUACCGUAUAUGUGGAAUUGCUUCCUAAAAACGUCAAUCACAGUUGGAUUGAACGAGUAUUUGGAAAAUGUGGCAAUGUAGUUUAUAUCAGCAUUCCUCGCUAUAAGACUUCCAAAGAUCCUAAAGGAUUUGCAUUUGUGGAAUUUGAAACAAAAGAACAAGCUGAAAAAGCUAUAGAGUUCUUGAAUAACCCACCAGAAGAUGCACCAAGAAAACCUGGUAUGUUUCCCAAAACAAUAAAAAACAAAGCCGUUCCCACAUUACCUACAAGUGAUUCUACUGUAGUUGAAGAAAAGAAGAAGAAGAAAAAGAAAAAAUCUAAAACAAAGAAGGAAAACAGCCAAUCAAACACUGGAGCAAAAGAUGUAUACAUGACCAGUUCUACAGAAUACACAAAAAGUCAUAGGACGAUAUCAGAGAGUUCUGAAACAGACUUGUCAGAAAUCCAAAGACACUCUUCAAAGAAAGAAAAGAAGAAACUUGAUAAAACACAAAGCUCAGGCCUAGGAGAAACUAGAUCAGGAAAGAGGAAACGGAAUCGCUCUGAUGAUGGAGAGAUGUCAGUUGUAAAAGUGAAGAAAAUUUCUCAGAAAGAUAAUGUUCACUCUGCAAAGGAGCAUUCAGCAGGGCUGGAGGAUUCCAAAGAAAUUUCUACUGAAGAAGAGAGAGAGAUUGGUGAUAAGAAAGAAACUUCUCUUUCAAAGUCUAAAAGAAAACACAAGAAGAAACAUAAAGAGAGACAUAAGAUGGGAGAAGAAGUUAUUCCACUGAGAGUUCUCUCAAAGAAUGAAUGGAUGCAGCUGAAGCAAGAGUAUUUGACCCUACAGAAAGCGAGCAUGUCAUCCCUGAAAAAAGCAAUGACCAAAGCAAACACUGUGCCUCUUGGAACAAUGGAAAUAGAUGUCUGCCCAGCAGAUGACUCUGCAACAAGAAAUGGCAAAUGUAUUAGCAACAAUGAUUUAGCUCCUGCUGAAAAGAUUCAUCCAAUGGGACCCCAGUUUGAGAGUGGAGUGAUUGUGAAAAUCCUUGGUACUGAUCCACUGCCAGGCAGGAAACACAUCAAGGACAUGCUAACAACACUCGCUGAUGUUGCUUAUGUUGAUCUGCUGGAAGGAGAUACAGAAUGUCACGUACGGGUUAAAACACCUGGAGAUGCACAACUUUUAAUAAACUCACAUAAAGACCUGCAGACAAAGAACAACUGGAAACUUGAGAUCCUUACAGGUGAUCAUGAACAAAGAUACUGGCAGAAGAUCCUAGUGGACCGACAAGCUAAACUGAAUCAACCUAGAGAAAAGAAGAGAGGCACAGAAAAACUGAUAGCAAAAGCUGAAAAAAUGAGACUGUUAAAGACUCAAGAGAUAAGCAAGCAUAUACGUUUCUCUGAGGAUGAGUAAAUUUACGACUUACAUGAAAUGCUUAUAAGGAGAGGAAAUAAACUUACAUUAAAGUAUCUCAUUGUUUCAUAAUGCAAUCAGACAAAUGAGAUUGUGCUGAAUUUGACAGAAUGGAAUACUACUUGAGCCUGUUUGGAAGGAAUACAUUGAACAAGCUCCUGUAUGUAUGUUUGCACAAAUAUUUAGUACACUGAAUUUUUAUAAACUGUUGCAAGAAUGAAAUAAAAAACUGAAAUAUUUGUUUCUUAAAAUAAAUGGAAAUGAGACAUCCUAAAAAGUGCUUAAAA